AUGGCCCCAUCCGCAGACCCUAUCCCCGCGCCCACUCUCGCCAGUGGGUUCCCUCCUCCGACCCAUCCCGAUCGCCUGCGUGUCGACCGCAGCACCAAAGCCUUUGGAAGCGGAGCUUACUCUCUGGUUGAUCUCCCCGCUGGCGCCGUCUUCGCCAAGAUCACUACGGCCACUCCCGGCACGAAAGCCUACACCAGCGUGCAGACUGGCCCCGACACCCACAUUGAGCUCAAUUCCGACUUGGUCUACUGCAACCACUCUUGCGCGCCAUCGCUGAACUUCGAUAUGGGGCGUAUGGAGGUGCGCGUCGUGGAUGAUCGGCCAUUGAAGGUCGGCGACGCCCUUACCUUCUUCUACCCCAGCACCGAGUGGGACAUGGAUCAGGCAUUCCAAUGCACCUGUGGAGCGGGUGACGGAGUCUGCAGAGGCUGGAUCUCUGGAGCCAAGACCAUGUCACCAAAGGAAUUGGAUGGCUACUGGCUCAAUGACCACAUUGCGACUUUGUGCAGGGAGAAGGGCAACUAA